AUGCGUUGGAACCCCUCCGCCGAUCAACUCCUCCUCCUGAAGAUCGUGGAGACCCACGAUAUCAGUGUCGACACCAACAAGGUUGCCGCAGCUUGGCCUUCCUCCGCCGAUGGCCAGCCCGGUCCCACCCCUCGUGCCAUCAAGGAGCGCCUUGGCAAGCUUCGCGAGCUAGCCCGUCGCUCUGGAUCCCAUGUUCCAGCUGGCUCGCCGGGCAAGCGAGGUCGUGGAAAGAAGGCCAGUUCCUCCAAGUCCGACUCUGACGCCCAGGCUUCUACUCCCCGGAAGCGAAAGCGUCAGAGCUCUCCCAAGGCUAAGGAGGAGGCCAAUGUCAAGGAGGAGUCCAGUGACGACGAGGAUGAUAAGGUCAAGAUGGAACAACUCCUUGACUACCCUGCAGAGUCCACCCACGCCGAAGACACUGGUCAUAUGUCCCACGAGAAUGACGAGUUUUUCGACGAGAACGUUUAA